AUGUGGUCGACCCGCGCCCGCCACGCGCUCCGCCCGCUCUCGACCGCCGCCAAUGCCGCCCCGCGCGUCGUCGUCGUCGACGGCGUCCGCCUCCCGUUCGCCAAGUCCGGGACCACCUACAAGGACGCGAUCGCCUACGACCUCAUGCGCGAGGCGUUCAAGGGACUGCUAGUCAAGACCGCGCUGGACCCGAGCGCCAUUGACCACGUGAUUGCCGGCACGGUCAUCCAGGAAGUCGGGACGUCGAACAUUGCGCGCGAAGCGGCGCUCGGGGCGGGGAUCCCCACGCACGUGCCGGCGCACACGGUCACGCAGGCCUGUAUCUCGUCGAGCCAAGCGAUUUGCUCGGGGGCCGAGAAGAUCCUCGCUGGACGCGCCGACGUGGUGCUGGCCGGCGGUGUCGAGACGUUUUCCGACGUGCCGAUCCGCUUUUCCAAGCCGAUUCGAGAGCGGCUGAUCAACGCGCCCAAGGCCAUGAAGAAGGGGCCACUGGCGGUGUUGCAGCUGAUGAAGGGACUGCGGCUCGCGGACUUUGCGCCGGUCGCGCCGGCCAUCCAGAACUUUCACACGCGCGAGGUCAUGGGCUCAUCGAGCGAUCGGCUUGCCACGCGCUUUGGUGUCACGCGGCAGGCGAUGGACGAGUACACGAUUGCAGCGCACGCCAAGGCGCACCGUGCGCACGUCGAGGGGAAGUACACGGGCGAGAUUUGGCCUUACAAGGGCAGCACGGAGGAAAAUGGCGUGAACGCCAGCUCGACGCUGGACAAGCUCGCGUCGCUGAAGCCGGCGUUUAUCAAGCCGCAUGGGACCCACACGGCUGCGAACAGCUCGUUCUUGACGGACGGCGCGGCCGCAACGCUCAUCAUGUCGGAGCAAAAGGCGCUUGAGCUGGGCUACCGUCCCAAAGCAGUGCUGAAAGACUGGCUGUUUGUGGGCGUGGACCCCUUUGAGAGCUUGCUGCUGGGUCCAGCGUACGGCAUUCGGCAAGUGCUGGCCAACAACAAGCUGAAGCUGAGCGACAUUGACUUUUUCGAGAUCCACGAAGCGUUUGCUGGCCAGGUGCUGGCGAAUUUGAAUGCGUUGGCCGAGCCCAAGUACUGCAAGGAGCUUUUUGGAGUCGACGAGGCGGUGGGACGCGUGCCGAUGGAGAAGCUCAACACUUGGGGCGGCUCGCUGUCGCUUGGUCACCCGUUUGGGGCCACUGGCUGUCGAUUAGUGAACACGGCGUCCAACAAGUUGCAGAAAGAAGGCGGCAAGUACGCUCUGCUGGCAGCGUGCGCAGACAGCGGUCUCGCGUACGUCGGUUUGAUUGAGAACUACGAGAGUUGA